AGAUAUAUUCUACGAAAAUGGGCAAGAUGAAUAGUUUGUGGUAAAACUACGCAGGUUUUUGAAUACCUAAAGCCAAAAAUUUCAUAAUAAAUUGAUUCUUAACCCUUUUUCGGCAAUUUUACAACUACAUCACUAAUCUCCUGACGUCAAAAACUCGAAGAACACAAGAAACGGAAAUACUUGGAUUGACGUCACACGAAACAUAUAAGAGCUACAAAAUCGAUAUAAAGCAGCAAGGAGGGAGGAGGUGCCUUGGAAGAGCACGGAGCAGAAACAAAUAGGAAGUGUUUCGAUUAAAUUCCGAUCUGUUUUCGACGAUUUGAAUGAAAGCUGAAACUCUCCCACUAAGACCACUUUCAAAUGGAACAACUGAAGCCAUUGAUGAUUCUAAGAGAUGGAAACGACGUCAUUUAGUGGCAGUUUUGGCAAUGUUUGGAUUUGCUUUUAUUUACGGUACACAAAUCACUUUGAGCAAUACAUUUAUGGAAGAUGAACAGAAAGUCAACAAAACAAAAAUUCCUGACUCCCAUGAGGACGCCGCACCGGUGCCGUCACUCACGCCGCAUGUAUCCGAAUUUAACGUUCGGCGCUGAACCCCGAACGUGACGGCCACUUCCAAAUAACUACAUGUCUUCACUACGUUCUAACCUAAGAAUUUAUUGGACAAGCUGUGUUUCUCUUCUUAGUUACAACUACCUCCAACUCAAUUCUUCUUGUUACCCUUUUUUCCAUUUCUUCCGGAUUCGGUGGAAUUUGCUGGAGUGGAUUCCUAGUAAAUCAUCUCGACUUGGCACCACAGUAUGCUGGACACCUGAUAGCCUUGUCACACACAUUGGCAACAAUUCCUGCUAUUUUCGGUCCCUCUUUAAUUAAGGCAAUUGUGAAGCAUGGUACAAUCGAUGAAUGGAAUGUAAUCAUGUACGGCGGUAUCAUUGCCUAUCUUUUUGGAGCUAGCAUUUUCUGGAAGUUUGCAGACGCCAAUAUUCAACCAUGGGCCACACAAAUAAAUUCUAAAGCUUGAACUUUUUCUCUUGAUUUCUAUUUGUUCCGAGCAUUUGGUACACGAAUAAAGUUCGUUCUUGACUU